ACAGGACUGAUGGCUUCCCUAUAAAGAAGGGCACACUCAAGCAGCAUGCUAAUAAUUAUGUGUUGUUUCAAGCUGCUGUGUAUUUGAAGAUAUAUAUAUUUGAAUUUCAGCCAACAACUGUAACAGUGACACUGGUUGUUUUUUUCUCAACAGAUGCUGUGGUUUUAAAAGUGUCUUUCAUAUCCCCAAGUGAAGGCAAGUAUGGCAAAAAAAAUCUUGAUGAAUGCAGCUGGAAGGCUAGAACAUCCUUCUGGGGCAGUUUAUGAAGGUGAGUUCAGAGACAACAUGUUUCAUGGGGCUGGAACCCACACAUUUCCAAAUGGAGCAAAGUACGUUGGACCAUUCAGUGAAAACAAUUAUGUUUGAAGUAGAAGGAUUGUGUAG